CUAUUUUCCAAGUAAAAGUUUGCGUCCUAAAUUGCUCGAAGUACAAGUUUGCCACAAGAAAGAGUUUGAACAAGAUUUAUUUGGGUAUGUAAUCAUCACUUAAACAGGCAGAACCAAACUUUUAUGAAAUUCUUCACAGUUAGUUGUUUUGUCUCAUUUAAGGGCCCCUAUACAAGCUUAAACACUAAACCGUGUGUGACGUAGACAUAGAACUGAUGCAUGUACAUAUCCUUAGAGUUAAAAUACCAUAGAAACCCACUUAUCUGAUGAAAAAAAAACGAACAUACGAUGAUUUUAGUAAAUAUCCGCCAUUUUGUAAAUUUGCAACCAUUUUGCUUGCUUGAAAUAAGUGUGCAACCACUUCACGUCCUGCCCCUUGACUAUAAACGGGUUUGAACCUCAAUCGGGGCUUUGAAUUCUUCAUCAGAGGAAGCUAUCCAGCUGGCUUACAGAAGGUCGGUGGUUCUACCCAGGUGCCCGCUUGUGAUGAAAUAAUGCACGAUGGGGCACAUGGGGUCUUCCUCCACCAUCGGAGCUGAAAAGUCGCCAUAUGACCUAAAACUUUGUCGGUGGAACGUUAAACCCAAGAAAAUAAAUAAAUAAAUUGAUAAUAAACGACUACUUUGCCAAUCUGCUACAAACGAGUUGCCGAGUAAGGACUCGUUAUUUUUACAGUUAUUUAUUGUUACCCCCCACCCCCGGACAACAAAGUUGUAAGUGGGGUAUAUUGGUUCCAGGUUGUCAGUCCGUAGACACAAUCUUGUGCGCACCAUCUCUCCUCAUUCCCUUGACACAGUUUAAUGAAACUUCACAAAAGUGACCAGUAACAACAGUAGUUGUGCAUGGGGCAUGUUAGGUUCUUUCAGAAAUUGUUUUUGAGUUAUGGGACUUUGUUGUUGUCACUACACAAUAUACAUAGACACAGUCUUUUGCGCACCAUCUCUCCUCAUCCCCUUGACCGAAUUUAUUGAAACUUAAUACAUCAGUUGAUCAGCAACAACUGUACAGUAGUGGGCAUGUUAGGUUCUUUCAGAAAAAGAAUUUGCAGAGUUAUGGGACUUUCAUUUUUUUGCUGUACUAUAUAUACAUAGAGUCUGCAUAUGCAAUCUUGUGUGCGCCUAAUAUCCUGAAUCCAUGCACACAAUGUAAUGAAACUUCACACAAGUGAUCAGUAACAACAGUAGUUGUGCAUGGUGCAUGUUACGUUCUUUAGAUAAAUAUUCUGCAGAGUUAUGGGACAUUGAUUUUUGUCACUAUACUAUAUACUUAAAGUCUAUAUACAUACAUUAUGUCAGUGCGUGCGGGGGGUACAUUCAUCACCUUUAUUGAUAGCUCUAGUUCUAAUUUCAUUAAACUAACGUCCACUAAUAAUUUUGAUAACCGUUUUACAAUUUCAAAGGAGAAUAAACAUGAAAAAAAUACAUUAACCCUCAGUAUAUAUGGUUCUGUGAGAAAAUGAAUUCAUUGAGUAAUGUUACAGACAUUUGAAAACAUCAUGUGCUGCGUUAUAGUGUAUAAGAGUCCCAUAAGAGAUUAAAACUUCUAGGUCAUUGACCAAUGUGAUGCGUCACAAUUUAAGUAAGACAACAGUGAACAUUUAAUAAUGAAAUAACAAACACAUGUUCAUAUUCCUAUGCAAUUUAACCACGGUGUUAUUUAUGUGUAAAAUAUUUCACAUUUGUUUCUGCUUCUGUGAACGGAUCUGUUUUUCAGAAAAUGAACUAGCGGAGUCUCCAGUGCGCAAGAAACUUGAUACAAAAGAAGCUGGUACUCUUCACAAGAACAAAGAUCUGAAAUCACCUAAAAAGGAAAUCGAUGCAAAUAGACAAUUAACGGACCUUAUUCAAGAUGCGGUAAAACGUGGCACCCCUGAGCACAACAGGAACAUUGCUGACCUCUCCAUUUGGGAUUUUGCCGGGCAGUAUGUGUUUUAUGCCACACACCAGAUCUUUCUUUCAAGGCGAGCUAUAUAUCUACUUGUGACUGACCUGUCUCAACAUUUAGACAAUCCAGUACAAGAUGAUUGCUAUAUUGACUCUAAGGGUAGAACACAUUGCAAUAUUUCAGAAUAUGUGACAUUUUGGCUGAACUCGAUACACACUUUUUGCGAAUCUGAAAAGACGGGAGAGCCCCCUGUGAUUUUAGUUGGAACAUUUGCAGAUAAGUUACCUAAGGAAAAGAGAGAAGAAAUUACAGAUGAGUUUUUCACAAAACUGAGAGAAACGUUGGCAUAUAGCGAGGCAUUUGAACAUCUUAGUGGCACAACUUUUGCAAUUGACAACUCAAUUUUAGAUCCAAAUGUAGAAGAGCUCAGGAAAACGAUUGUAGACAUAGCAACUAAGCAGAGUUAUUGGACUGAAUUAUAUCCAGCGAGAUGGGUAGUACUGGAACGGUCAUUGGAGAAUUUCAAAAGGCAAGGAAAGAAGAUAUUACCCAAGAGAACUCUUAAACUUGCUAGUGAGAAUCUGCAUCUUCCAAUUGAUAACGAAGAAUUUGAACUGUUCUUGAGGUUCCACCAUGAGACGGGAUAUAUCUUAUACUUCAGCGAUGAAAAACUAAAAGACCAUAUCAUUUUGGAACCGCAGUGGUUAGCAGAUGCACUAAAAUGUUUUAUAACGGCUAGACAAUUUUGCACAAAGAAAGCAGAUUUGUGUAAAAUGUGGCUGGAUUUCAACAACACAGCUAUAUUGAAAAGGGACUUUAUAGAUGCCGUUUGGAGCAGAGAGACACUCUUUCAAGAACAUCAAGACUUAAUCUUGAAUUUUAUGGAAAGGUUGGACAUAAUUGCCAGACCACGGCAGGCUUUGAACUCUGGAAACACUUUUGAAGACUUUUACUUCGCCCCAUGCUUUUUGAAGCAAACUGCACCAGACUUGCUUCUUGAAAUCGAUGAACAGGAAUGCAAGUCUACAUCUAGACUGUGUUUCACAACAUCUUCAAGAAUAAUAUCAGUCCAACUAUUCAACAAGCUUUUGGCGGAAUGUAUUACAAAAUGGCCAAUUUCAAAACAGAAUGAUCAGUACCUUAUAUUCUGUGGAUGUGCACUUUUCAGUGUUGCCAAAUUGCAUGAAUUGUACAUUUACCUUAGGGACAGUGUGAUACAAAUCUGGAUAUACAAGUACAGUAAAAAAGAACCCGAACCAGAUAGUGUUGUUUGCAGCAAUGUCAAGGACUUCAUUACAGACAGUUUAAAUAAUGGUAUCAGAGGUUCAACUGAGUUAGAAAUGUUUGUCAUUUGUCAAGAAUCACCGUUCAAGACAACAGAGAACAUGUUGAAAGUAGACGACCUGUUGCGAGAAGAAGAAUACAAAUGUAACAGUCACGAACGUCGGCAUGUAGUCAGCACAUCAACGCUCUUGAAAUGCUGGUUUCCAAAACAUUUUGAAUAUCAAGCUGACCAUUCCGAUGCAUUCCUGAACCGCUCACCUACGGAAAAAGAAUUAAGUCGGUUAGCACAAAGAAUCGGAAGAGAAUAUCGUUCUCUUGGAUUCGAACUUGGCCUGACUCGUCCCCAGCUAGAUCAUAUUGAAAUGGAAGAAAGAAAUCGUACACCAGUAGACAAAAUAACAGCAAUGUUAAGUGAGUGGGUUAAGGAGAAAGCAGAUGUUGCAACAUUUCAAGAAUUAAAAAGAGCAAUGGUUGCAAUUGGUAUCGAGUGGAAUGUUGUUUUUGAAAGACGUUAACAAUUCCAUUGAGUUUAUUGUGAACAAUUUAAUGAGGUAGAUAUUUAGAUAAUUAUUGAGAAAUAACCAUGUUAACGAUAUAUAUUAAUUGUCAGUCCAUGACGAUUACUGUCUUUAUAAUAUAGGAAAAUAUUGGUUUUAGAAUUGGGUUUGGCGCCAAUGAUAUGGCUUUAGCUCCCCAUCAAUAAUUAUAUACUUUUAUUACAUCAUAUGUGCAUAAUAAUGGUGGACGGAUAGCUCAGUGUAGAUUUGCACACUGGCCUUCCAAUCCUGAGGUCGGGGGUUCGAUCCCCGGCAGCUUCUCGGGAAUUUUCAGAAACGCUUUUCAGUGUUUCCCACCCAGCUAGAGGUGUACUGGUCAGGAACCUAGGCAAUCCUUGCGUGUAUCAGUGCUAUACACUGGGCACGUUAAAGAACCGACUGUCUAUUCGCAACGAGCUAGGCUAACUUAGCCGGACAAGUCUGUAUCUGAUUUCUGAUAUUUAAAUCUGGUAUAAUAUAAUAUAUACCCUGUAUCCAUGCAGAUAGUCUGUGUUUAGACCCUGUGUUUUGUUCAUAUGAGUUAACUGAUGAGGCUAUUCAAAUUGUGUAUAAUUAUGUCCCUUUUCUUCUCAAAACAUUGUGUCUGUGAAAGAUUGGUUUCAGCAUCUCCUGAAUCCCGGAGGUCGACCUUUCAUCAUGUCGAGCUAUUACAGCAGAUAAUGAACUUGUUAUGUGGACUGGUGAUUUAAUAAUAUUUAUUGUCAUUCACACAUGUGAUAAAAAAAACCCUAGGAUGAUUGGACAUGCAGAGUAAAUUACCCUAUUGAUUUAUGGGUCAUUUGUUAAAAAGUCAUAGGGACCAGAACAAGGAAAACAAUUUUCGAUCAGUAACUUGACCCAGAACCUUCAUAGAAUGAUAGGAUUUACAGAAUAGAUUAACCUUAUCGCUUUUGGGGUCAGGUCACUUGAGCAAAGGUCAAGGUCACAGGACCUGAACAUGGAAAACUUUUUCCCAUCAAUAACUUCAGAACCACUUGACCCAGAAUAUAGAAACUUCAUAGGAUGAUUUGACGUUCAGAGUAGAAGUCCCAUUAUUAUUUUGGGGUCAUUCAAUCAAAGGUCAAGGUCACCGGGGCCAGAGAAUGGAAAACCAGUUUCAAAUCCAUUACUUGAGAACCAAUAUGCCCAGAAUAUUGAAACUUCAUAGGAAGAUUGGACACGCCGAGCAGAUGAUCGCUAUUGCAGCCAACCAUCAGUGUCUCUUUGACACUCGCUGCUGUCCCCAAUUAACGUCUUGCCUGUUACUACUAUGCACUGGGGCAGACAUACGCUUUUCUACAAAAGCAUCUUCUAGCUGGUGUGUAGUAAUCCUUUACCAAGAUUGUUCAAAUUAUUCCCUGGGGUUAAUUCUUGUCCCACCCGGGAUGUUGGGGGCACAUGGUUUAUGCAAGUACUAAACUCAGGUGAGCGAUAUCGGGUCAUUAUGUCCCCCUGUAUAUUGUUCUGUAUACAUGUUUCAGCUAUGACUCCUAGAUCAGCGAAGGGGUUUAUGUUAAUCUUAACAUGAAUUAGAGCCAAUGAGAAUCUAUCCUUUGCGUCAUAUGGUUAUAUGAAGCAAUCGCUAACAGAGUACUCAGUCUUUGUUUAGUUGCGGAAACUGUUAGUUGUGGUUUAAUAAAACCUCCACCUCCCCAACCACCUCUUUUUAGGUAGAUCAGUUGUUUAUAACUUUCAUGAUCCUUUGGAUUCGUCGAGACCAUUAAUUCCAAAGUAUGAUUAAUGAUUCUCCUUGGCUCUUCAUUUUAAAAAGUUGUAAUGUUUUGUUUUGUUUACUUCAUUACUUGAAAUUUGAAGCCAUUUUUAUUUGUGCAAUCCGGUUUUAUAACUAAAUUUCAUUAUACUAUAUUUUACUUAGCGGGCGGUGGUUUCUGGUCGCCAGGAUAUAGAAACCUGUCACUGAUUUAUAGUCACUAAGUCUUUUGCUUUUAUGGUAUUUUAAUAAGAAAUACCCUUUAUUCAAUUCAAUAUUUGUUGUUGAGUUUUCUAUACUGUAUAGAGUGAUACUUCGAAACAAUAGCACAUAAAACAAAUUUACUGCAGAAUGUGAUUAAAAAUAUGAUGUACUCUAUACAUGAUAUUUGUUACUGAUAAUGGGAAGACAUGUAUUCGCAGAGGUCCAGGUCUAAGCAGUGCACACGUAGAUCUAAAUUAGCACAUUGUAUGUCAAGACAGUGCGUUGCGUAUGGCUUAACAAGCACUUUACAGAAGAACCUUUAACACUUUAAUUCAUUUUUUGUGUAAAGUUCAUAGAUUGAAAAAGAGAUGAAGCUUAAAUUGUCACUCUAAUAUGUAAAUCUAGAACAAUGAAUGCAUUUGUAUCCUAACAUAUUCUUUUCUGAACAUUAUAUCGAAUAUUUACAGUCCAUACACUCCCAAAUGUAUUUUGUUAACCCAAAAGUCUACAACGUUGCGAUCAAUUACAAACAUCACCAUGAAAACAAAACGUGCAUUUUCCCCCAAAGUUGCUUGUUGAAAUCGUGCGUUGUGUAGCAAUGUUAGAACAUGUUAGUUAUCGUUGACUCUUUAACCGUUUCAUAAAUCUAGUAGUAUGCAAUAUUCAACCAAAAAUACCAUAUGAAAGAAAGAAAGUUGAAUAAUUUUAUAUACAUUUGUGUAUGUAUAUUUAAACAGAUUUAUGUAUUUGUCUACUGUUUGUAUUUUCUAUCAAAAUUUUUUACGUUUUAUGAGUGAUAAAGUUUAUAACUCCGACAAUAGCUGGUGUAGAGGUGUAGUUAGAUAAUUAAUUAGAGCCAAUGAGAAUUUAAAUCCCUUGUCACAUGAUGCGAUUGGACCAGUUUCCGUCAAGAGAAUCACUCUUGCUUUUUGUUAUUGUGUAUUUUCUCAUAACAGCCUCCACCGUCCUCUACCACCUCUAUAUUUUAGGUUUCUAGUAGGCGGUCAAUAUUAUCGCCUCUAGUUUCAUGUCGCCUGUAUUAUUUAUAAAGUGCCUUAUAUUUCUUAGAGUUAGAAAGCUUUAGUUGUUUUCUGUUUGGCGGUUUCUUAGAAAUUUUAAUGUUAAUUCUGAAAUUUCACAUACGGACAUUUAAAUAGGUACUGCAGCUAAUUAUUGAUUUAUUUUUGACCGACUCACCGUCAAAGUAACCGCUUUAGGCGUUUUGGCCAAUUUAGCAUAUUUUGCACGUGCAUGGCAUGUGCACCAAUAUGCACGUGUUAAUGAACACUUUCGGCAUUACUGACGAAAGUCCUACUGGAAAAACACAUAUCAUCGUUAAAUUGACGCAAGGGCAACGCGCCCGGGCUGUCGGAAUUAUACAACAAAAUUCAAAAUCGGUCAUUUCAAUUAAUUGUAUUUUGGUUAAAUUUUGGAAAAAAAAGAGCACGGAUGGUAGAUAACCAACGAGUGAAGGGUCUUGUAAACGGAAAUAAGGUUACAAAUGGAAAUAACCAUCAAAGUAACAGUUACAAACAAAUAACAUCAAAAUUCUAUUGGAAUUGUAAAAACAAUAUCACACGUGCCGUAAAUGUGUCCCACCUAGCAACAUUCCGACAGCUCGAUCCCAUUGCUCUUGUGUCAAUUUCACCAUAAUAUGUGUUUUUCUAGUUGGACUUUCAUCAGUAAUGCCAUAAUUGUAAACUAACACGUGCAUGUUGGUGCACAUGCAAAAUAUCCAAUAUUAGGCAAAACGCCUAAUGUGGUUACUUUGGCCAUGAGUCACCAAAAAUAAAUUAAUAAUUAGCUGCAGUACCUAUUCAAAUGUCUGCAUGUGAAAUUUCGUGUAAAUACCUGCAUUAUUGACAAAAUGGUAAAUACAAAUAUAAACUGACCGAUGAGGAAUUUUGUUGAGUGUAUGUAUAGAUGCAGUUUAGUUCUUAUGUAUGUUAUUUUAUUACAUGUUUGUUUUGUAAAAUAAAAGACAAGUAGAA